AAACCAUUAAUUAAUAUAUUUUUACAGAAAUAAUCCUAUAACUCCAAUGCAGCAAUUACUUUUAACACUCAGAUUUUUUGCAACAGGAUCUUUUAUAAUAUCUGCAGGUGAUUUUGCUGGAGUAAGUACAACCAGUGCUCAUAGAAUUAUUCACCAUGUUACAAACGCAAUUACCAUACUUCGGUCACAUUUUAUAAAAUUUCCUACGACUAAUAAUGAAAUAAAGAUGGAACAAAUAGAAUUUUAUAAAAUCUGUCGAUUUCCAAGAGUUGUAGGCUGUAUAGAUUGCACACACGUUCGAGUUCAGUCCUUGGUACUGAGAAUGCAGAACUAUUUAGAAAUAGAAAGGGAUAUUUUUCUUUAAAUGUGCAAGCAGUGACAAAUAGUAAUUUAGAAAUAAUUGAUAUAGUAGCUCGGUGGCCUGGAUCGACACACGAUAGUACCAUUUUUAAUAAUAGUCGAUUCCGAGGUACAUUUGAACAAGGGGCAUUCAGGGAUGGACUUUUCAGGGAAGCGCAUAUACGUACUCAAAAUAUAAUUGAGCGCCUUUUCGGAGUUUGGAAAAGACGAUUUCCAAUUUUAGCAUUAGUGCUACGUGUGCGAUUGGACAAAGUAGUGGCUAUAAUAAUAGCUACUGCAGUUUUACAUAACAUUGCUCGGCAAAAUCGAGAUGAAAACCCAGAAGAUCUUAAUUUAAAUCUUCCAGCAUCUCGGGAUGAAAUACUUAAUUAUGGCAAUAUGAAUCCCUGAAAAUGCAGAUAACAGAAAUAAUGAUAAUGCAAUCGAGAGAAGAAGACUUAUUAACAACUAUUUUCAAAGGUAAAAAAAA